AUGGCUCAUUCUCGGUGCCGCUAUUCAGUGCGUUCUGGUAACAUCACUACCUCGCAACGUUGCGCUCCUGCCCACAUGCACUCUCCUCAUUUUCCGCAUACUUGGUGGCUACAAGAUAGCCACCAAUGUCAUCACCAAUCCAAUUGCGAACGAAGUGGACCGUCGACGAUACACGUGGCAGAUCCCGCAGAUGGCGCAUCUACGGCUGGCUCGUCCGGCUCGAUUGUUGUCUUCAUACUUGCUACUAGCUGGAGCCAUCCUAAUGGUUGGUUUUCGCCUGGAAGCAAGGUGCUGAGCGAACACUUCCAGGCUACGUGGCGCGACGCCAAUGAGAACCGCGAACAAUAUGGGUUUCUAGGAAACACACCAGGUUUGAGCACACAGGAUGACGGAGAGAGACAAGAUUCUAAAGGCCUGACUCAGCAUGAGCCAUAUGAGGUCCCUGCUGGGAAUUGGGAGAACAUAUAUGAGAAUUUUCGCCCAUUUGGAAUUGCAAACACAACUUACCCCGUGUCUACUAUCGACAGCGAGCGAUCUAAGAACGAGAAAACUGGAUCCGCGCAAUGGUCCAGUGGGCUGCGAGAUGCGAGUGGAAAAGAGUGGAAGGAUAUGUACACCAGGAUGGGGGCAAAGCGCUGUGUGGUGUGA